AUGAAGUGUUCUCACUACAGUGAAUUUUUACGUGUCAUCAAAACAUUUCCUCUUAAUGAGCAAAGAACUGUUACCGCGGAUUGGUAUACCACCAUUUGUUUGCCAAAAGUCAUCACCGAGCUUCGAAAAAUCAACCCCGAAAGAAGAAUCGUCCUCCACCAAGACAAUGCAAGCUCGCACACAGCCCAAACAACAAGGCAACAUUUAACGAAAAAAAACGUAGAAUUAUUGGACCAUCCUUCAUAUAGUCCCGAUCUAAGUCCUAACGAUUUCUUUACUUUCCCGAAAAUUAGAAACAGACUGCGUGGUCAAAGAUUCCAGUCACCAGAAGAAGCAGUUGACGCAUUCAAAAAUGCCGUUUUGGAUCUGCCAGCAAACGAGUGGAAUAAGUGCUUCACAAUUUGGUUCGAGCGCAUGCAGAUGUGUAUUAAUCUUCGUGGAAAAUACUUCUAAAAACAAUAAA